UAACUUCAGCAGUUGAUACAAAAACAUAGGAAAACAGUGCGUGAGUUCGACUCCCCUUGGUAUCAGCAGGUAGAUUGUCUCAUUUGGGUCAUCGCAAUGGCCGGUUUCAAGUGUUUAUCCCUCGGGGUGCUGCUCGUUUCCACUCUUUUUAUGUUGUCUGAAAGUAGGGUGGCAAGGAAGGACCUGGGCCUGGACCUCGGGCUUGGAAACUUGGGGAUUGGUGCUGGUGCUGGUGUCGGGAUAGGCAUUGGCGUAGGUGGCGGUGGCGGCGGCUCAGGAGCGGGUGCUGGGUCAGGCUCCGGUUCUGGAUCCGGGUCUAGUUCAGGAUCGGGGUCAGCGUCUUCAUCAGGUUCAGGAUCGGGCUCUGGGUCCGGGUCGUCUGGAGCUGGAUCUGAAGCCGGUUCAUAUGCUGGAUCUCACGCGGGGUCCCAGGCCGGGUCAGGGUCAGGGUCAGGAUCUGGUGCUGGGUCCGAGGCUGGCUCAUAUGCUGGUUCCUAUGCGGGGUCCAGGGCCGGAUCUGGAGGGCAUGGCAAAUAAGCAUGUGUUGUGUUGUUAUAUCGCCUCAAUCACAGAUGUAUUAGUCCAAGAAUCACUAUGAAUAAAUAUGUUAUGGGAGAGUGCCAGUGGUGGUUAAUCACUUCAUAUAUUUUAUGUCUUUUGAACCACUUUGGGUUUGAUCUCAGUGUCUACAUCUUACUUUGAUUCAAAUAAUAUUAAUGAUUAUCCA